AUGAACCAGAUCGAGUCCAGCGUGCAGUACAACUACGUCUAUGAUGAUGACGAGUACAUGAUCCAAGAGGAGGAAUGGGACCGCGACCUACUCUUGGACCCGGCCUGGGAGAAGCAGCAAAGGAAGACCUUCACAGCCUGGUGUAACUCCCACCUCCGAAAGGCUGGCACUCAAAUCGAGAACAUCGAGGAAGACUUCAGGAAUGGCCUUAAGCUCAUGCUACUUUUGGAAGUCAUCUCAGGUGAAAGGCUGCCCAAACCUGACCGAGGAAAAAUGCGAUUCCACAAAAUUGCUAAUGUCAACAAGGCCUUGGAUUACAUAGCCAGCAAAGGCGUGAAACUGGUAUCCAUCGGGGCUGAAGAAAUUGUUGAUGGCAACGUGAAAAUGACCCUGGGUAUGAUCUGGACCAUCAUCCUUCGCUUUGCUAUUCAGGAUAUUUCAGUUGAAGAAACCUCUGCCAAAGAAGGUCUGCUGCUUUGGUGUCAAAGGAAAACGGCUCCUUACAGAAAUGUGAACAUACAGAACUUCCACACGAGCUGGAAAGAUGGCCUUGGACUCUGUGCACUUAUCCACAGACACCGACCUGACCUCAUUGACUACUCAAAGCUUAAUAAGGAUGACCCAGUAGGAAAUAUUAACCUGGCCAUGGAAAUUGCAGAGAAGCACCUAGAUAUACCUAAAAUGUUGGAUGCUGAAGAUUUAGUAUACACUGCCAGACCUGAUGAAAGAGCCAUAAUGACUUAUGUUUCCUGUUACUAUCAUGCUUUUGCUGGUGCACAGAAGGCCGAGACAGCAGCUAACAGGAUAUGUAAGGUUCUUGCUGUGAAUCAAGAGAAUGAGAGGCUGAUGGAAGAAUAUGAGAGGCUAGCAAGUGAGCUUUUGGAAUGGAUUCGCCGCACAAUCCCCUGGCUAGAGAAUCGUACCCCCGAGAAGACCAUGCAAGCCAUGCAGAAGAAGCUGGAGGACUUCCGGGACUACCGUCGGAAGCACAAGCCACCGAAGGUGCAGGAGAAGUGCCAGCUGGAAAUCAACUUCAACACCCUGCAGACCAAACUGAGGAUCAGCAACCGGCCUGCCUUCAUGCCCUCUGAGGGCAAGAUGGUGUCGGACAUCGCUGGGGCUUGGCAGAGGCUGGAGCAGGCUGAGAAGGGCUAUGAGGAAUGGCUGCUCAACGAGAUACGGAGGCUGGAGCGUGUGGAGCAUCUGGCUGAGAAGUUUAGGCAGAAGGCUUCAACACAUGAGACUUGGGCAUAUGGCAAAGAGCAGAUCUUGCUGCAGAAGGACUAUGAGUCUGCAUCCCUGACUGAGGUCCGGGCUUUGUUGCGGAAACACGAGGCAUUUGAGAGCGACCUGGCAACCCACCAGGACCGGGUAGAACAGAUUGCUGCCAUUGCCCAGGAGCUGAAUGAGCUGGACUAUCAUGAUGCUGUGAAUAUUAAUGAUCGGUGCCAGAAGAUUUGCGACCAGUGGGACAGAUUGGGAACGCUUACUCAGAAGAGAAGAGAAGCCCUGGAGAGAACUGAAAAAUUGCUAGAAACCAUUGAUCAGCUGCAUCUGGAGUUUGCCAAGAGAGCUGCUCCCUUCAAUAAUUGGAUGGAGGGUGCAAUGGAGGAUCUGCAAGACAUGUUUAUUGUCCACAGCAUUGAGGAAAUCCAGAGUCUGAUCACUGCCCACGAGCAGUUCAAGGCAACAUUGCCAGAGGCAGAUGGAGAGAGGCAGUCCAUUUCAGCUAUCCAGAAUGAGGUGGAGAAGGUGAUCCAAAGCUAUAACAUCCGAAUCAGCUCAAGCAACCCAUACAGCACUGUUACCAUGGACGAACUCCGGGCCAAGUGGGACAAGGUGAAACAGCUCGUACCAGUCCGGGACCAGUCCCUGCAAGAGGAGCUGGCUCGCCAGCAUGCUAAUGAGCGCCUGCGGCGCCAGUUUGCUGCACAGGCCAAUGCCAUCGGACCCUGGAUACAGAACAAGAUGGAGGAGAUUGCCCGGAGCUCCAUCCAGAUCACAGGAGCCCUGGAAGACCAGAUGAACCAGCUGAAACAGUAUGAGCACAACAUCAUUAACUACAAGAACAACAUUGACAAGCUGGAAGGUGACCAUCAGCUCAUCCAAGAGGCCCUGGUCUUUGACAACAAACAUACUAACUACACAAUGGAGCACAUUCGUGUUGGAUGGGAAUUGCUGCUGACAACCAUCGCCAGAACCAUCAAUGAGGUCGAGACUCAGAUCCUCACAAGAGAUGCUAAGGGCAUUACCCAGGAGCAAAUGAAUGAGUUCAGAGCCUCGUUCAACCACUUUGAUAGGAGAAAGAAUGGCCUGAUGGAUCAUGAAGAUUUCAGAGCCUGUCUUAUUUCCAUGGGUUAUGAUCUGGGUGAAGCUGAAUUUGCCCGUAUCAUGACCCUGGUUGAUCCCAAUGGACAGGGCACUGUUACCUUUCAGUCCUUCAUUGACUUCAUGACGAGAGAGACAGCAGACACCGAUACUGCUGAGCAGGUCAUCGCCUCCUUCCGAAUCCUGGCAUCUGAUAAGCCAUACAUCCUGGCAGAGGAGCUGCGUCGUGAGCUGCCCCCAGAACAAGCCCAAUACUGCAUCAAGAGGAUGCCCGCCUACUCAGGCCCGGGCAGCGUGCCCGGUGCCCUGGAUUACACUGCCUUCUCAUCUGCACUCUAUGGAGAAAGCGAUCUGUGAUUCUAAGGUUCUGUAAUCAUUGAUCCCAGCAGAAUGCAAUAAAAGCUGAAGUCACAGUUUGUUUCCUGGAAACUCUGACAAGCUUUAUUAAGUGUGGGGGGAAAUGAAUUUUGAAGCUCAGUAAUUGUCAACAAUAUAACAUGGUUGAAGUGAAGUUUCUACAGCAUAUGAUGACAUAGGAUGCUUCCUAAAUAGGUUUCUUUAUUUCUUAAUAUUUAGCUGAAUGCAAUGAAAUGUCAGGUGUGUUUGAUUAAACAAAGUAAAUUACUUGAGAAGUAUGAAGUUAGGAGGAUCUCAGGACAAAGGGAAAGCGAAAAAUGUGAAAAUCCAAAAUAUCCAAGCUUCAAGAUCAUGGGGAAAAAAUUACAAACUUGUAUAUGUUUGAUAUUU